UUGCUCUGUUUUGCUUCUUCAUUGCAAUUCACUACAUACGAUCUUGAAUCUUCAAUACAUUGAAUCGAUCUUCAAAUCGGAUCAUCGUCGGAAAAUCUUACGCGUUCAAAUGACUUAUCACACAAUAAACGAUUCUUUAUCGAUGCAUGAGUCGUUUGAGGUUUAUUCUUCUUGUCUUGUCUUGUAUUCUUUUUGGCGUGAACGUCCUACGCGGACCUGCUGGCCUAUACAGGUCUUCAAGACUUUAUGCAGUACCACGUAGCCUGAUUGUCAGUCCUUGCUACGGGAGAACGGUCCAUUCUGGGCUUGAGCCCGAGUCGGGCAUGUUAUUGAGUCGUUCGAGUUGACGACUGUACCACGGGAUCGCCCCUUAUUCAUCAUGUGUGAUUCAUAAAACACAACACUAAUCUUAAUCGUGUAUUUUCUUCUUUUCUUUCUAGCACUUAAAUAUGCUCAUCUGCGCACUAAAAACAUCCAAUACUCAUCACAUUGCUCACAGCAAAUCCUUGACCGUAAAUCGGCAGUCUGUAAUCAUGCACGAUGCAAAUCGAUUUGUGGUUGGAACGAUAGCUCAUUUGACGACCGGAUGGCACGGUGACGUUCACUUUUUUACCAGUCCCCGGUGCCGGUAUGUUUACAUCCGGCGGGGGUCAUUCGUGGGAGUGUUUUAGCAAUUGCUGGUCGGCAAAGACGAACUAGUCACAGCCACAGUCCCGUUCGUACGUGUCACCCGUUCGGUCCGACCAGGAGACUCUUUCCCGCAGGGCUAAACCCAGCGCCAGCUGUCGAUGUGUCCAUCCAUACGAGCGUCCAGAUCGGUUAGGCCCUAAAAUUAUGCAGCUCGUACAGAUAGUAACCGUGUUCAGCUGUAUCGUUUUACAGCUUCAAUCAGUGGCAGGUCUGAAGUAUCGCGCUGAGCCGAACGUGGUACCGAUAGUGCCGGCCAGUGCGUUUGGCAACGAAUUAGAGGCGGGACGGAGCGCCCCAAAAUCACCCCUGCUAGAGAUAGUGCUUCGCAUUCUGGACAGCAUACAGAUUGUGCCGAAGAAGCGGUCAAGGCGACGGGCGCGAUCGUACAUCCCUGCUUCCGGGGACGUGCGUCUAUCUGCUACGGCUACCGCCGUUUUUCGGCAGUUCAAUUUUCGGAGGACGGGUGGAGAAACCACUGAUGGCACUAUCGCUAGAAUCUAGCGAGACGGCAGCUGCGCCGGCUUCCGACCAGCUUGAUGACGAUGAUUACGAUUAUGAUGAUGUCGAUGGUGAUGAGGAUCGAAGGGAAGGGUUUUUCCCACUCACCAGCUAUCAGCUGAGGCAGCUAACCAGCUCCAGGCGGUUUUACGAUAUGGUGCUGGGCGUGCUGGGCGUGAUGGAGACCGAAGCGCGCCACCAAGUGCAACGUGCCCGGGAGCGUAAGCAGGAAAUCGUGCGAUCAGCAAACGGUGGGGACGAUCGGCCGACGUCCGAAGAGCAACCGGCGUAAUGUGGUCAAUUUUGUGCUGAUGAAAGGAAAACAAUACACUACCGAACUAACGAUAGGAAAUAAGUAAGGGAGAGAAGGAAAGCGAGAGAGGCAAGGAGAGAGAAAGAGAAAACGAGAGAAACAAACGAACAAUAUGAUCCACCAAACUGGAUCGGAGGGCAAACCGCGUGAACCCGGGCACGAGCCGCGCUGCAGUUGACAUUGAAUUCCAAUUGAAAUAAACUUGUACCUUAUUGACAAAAGGCCGUGACGGUGGUGAUGGAGGGGCAACGUGAAAGAUGCAAUGCAAUGAUCGCUGAUGUGUGGAAUGAACAUUAUGAACAGCUACAUUACAACGAAAUAGCUUGAACCGCUCUAAUAGAAAGCCAUGUGCAAAGUUUGAAAAGACUUGCAUGUGCGCACCCUUUACAACUUCAUUUGCGCCUGAUAAUGGAUGCCCUAAGCCUCAUUUUUAUGUAGAAUUCCUCCAGCAAUCGUAAUUCUGCUAAAUUCGACUGACGUCGCACGCUAUCAUCAAUCGGAAGUUGCACGAACUCCGACGAUCGGCCCGUUGUUUACGGGCCGUCGCUCCUAUCGCGCUGUCGAACUUCGGCGCACGACUUCGGUAGGUAGGUGAUACAGGGCAAGCGGCAGGCCCUGAUAAGGUAGCAAGACAAAAAAAAAGGGAUUUGAACUAAAUUGUGGGAAGCACACACACGCACCGAACAACCCCCGAACGAGCGUAACGAUCGUAGAGCAGCCGCUGGUCGGUACAUAAAAUGUGCUAACGCGAUCGCGUCUCCUCCGCCGCAAACAUCAACGAUCGCCACCACACAUGAGCCAUCCGGCUAGCGUACAUAAAAUAUCAGUUCAAGUGCGACGACUUUGAACAUUCGUGAUUACAAGCUCGCCUGUGUCGGAUCGCAACUGAUCGCUGCUAGAAGUCGCAAGAACGAUCCUUGUUUCUGUAUAAAGUAUCUUUUUUUUGUGUGUGAAAU